AUGACUCUCCUUAUUUCUAUCCAUCUAUUUCGCCCUCUCGCUCUCACCAUCUCUCUCUCUCUCUCUCUCUAUCUAUCUAUCUAUCUAUCUAUCUCCUCUCUUUCUCUCAUCUCUCUUUCCCUCACCUUCUCGCAAUUUAUCUUUCCCGCUCUCUCUCUCCUGCUCUCUCCUUCUCUCGUCAUCUCUCUCUUUCCCCGCUCUCUCUCUCGUUAUCUCUUCCCUCCUUUCCCUCUCUCUCUCUCUCUCCAUCUCUCUCUCUUCUCACGCCGUCUUUCUCCCUCCCUUCAUCUCUCUUUCCCUCACCUUCUCGCAAUCUAUCUUUCCCUCUCUCUCUCUCCUGAUCUCUCCUUCUCUCGUCAUCUCUCUCUUUCCCCGCUCACUCUCUCUCUCUCUCGUUAUCUCUUUCUCCCUCUUUCCCUCUCUCUCUCUUCAUCUCUCUCGCCAUCUUUCUCCCUCCCUUCAUCUCUCUUUCCCUCACCUUCUCGCAAUCUAUCUUUCCCUCUCUCUCUCCUGCUCUCUCCUUCUCUCGUCAUCUCUCUCUUUCCCCGCUCUCUCUCUCGUUAUCUCUUCCACCUCUUUCCCUCUCUCUCUCUCUCUCUCUCGCCGUCUUUCUCUCUCCCUUCAUCUAUCUUUCCCUCUGUCUCUCCUGCUCCCUUCUUCUCUCGUCAUCUCUCUCUCUCUUUCCCCGCCCUCUCUCGUUAUCUCUCUCUUUCCUUCUCCAUCUUCACCCCUCUCUCUCUCUCGCCGUCUUUCUUCCUCCCUCUCUCUCGUUAUCUCUCUCUCUCUCUCUCUCUCUCAUAUCAUAAACAAGUUUGCCUAUUUUCUUGUCCUUGCCAUUGGUUUAUGCAUGCGUGA